UGGACAACACCAGCUUAUGGUGUUGGUAUAUAAACCCUUGGUGAUGUACCGGGGAAACAGUUCUUCAUUUACACACGCACACGCAACUGCGUGCUUGAAUAUAGAGGGAGAAAUGCUGAAGUUCUUGGGUAUCAGUUUGGCUGUUGGUGCAGCAUUGUCUAUUCCUAUGGAGUUGACAACUACUAAACCAGAAGAGACGACAGAGGAUACUUCAGGAAGACUGCUCUCCCUCCCAGAUCCAGAGAAAUGUGCACAGAGACCUAAUGACUUUGAGCUUGGUGGACACAAAUACUGGUUCUCUGGAAAACACGAAAACUACACUGAUCAUAAGGUUGACUGGUUGGACGGACGGAAUAUCUGUCGUGAAUACUGUAUGGACCUCGUCUCUCUGGAGACACCGACAGAGGAGGAGAUGAUCAGAGAAUUCCUGAAGACCAACGACCUCCCUUACAUCUGGACCUCAGGGAGGUUGUGCAACUUCAAGGGAUGUGACCGUGAGGAUCUUCAACCCAUCUGGGUUAACGGUUGGUUCUGGUCUGGAUCCGGAGUUAAGAUGGCGCCCACCAACUCUACUCCUCCAGGCUGGAGCUACCAACCCUGGUCUUAUACCGGACACAAGACACAGUUCGAGGGAAAGAACGUCUCCCAGCCCGACAACGCAGAGUUUGACAUCAACGGCAGCGUGGAGGCGUGCAUGGGUAUGCUCAACGAUAUCUACAGCGAUGGAAUCAAAUGGCACGACAUUGCCUGUUACCAUACCAAACCCUUUAUUUGUGAAGACUCUGAUCAGCUUCUAGAGUUUAUCCGUUCCUCCAACCCUGACCAGGAGUUCUAAGACGACGUUUAAUCAAAUCGUAUUUAUUAUUCCUUAUGCUAUUUAAUGCCAUUGAUUUAACUUAUAUCUUGCCAUUCAGAUACAUGCAGACCGCGGCAAUUGCCAAUAAAUUAUUCCAUAUUUA